GAGUAAAUAUAACAAGAUCACGUAUAGUAUAACUAAGAUUAUAAGAACAUUGUUAUAAAUUAAAUAACGAAGUGAGUAAUUGGCAAACGUCUUUGAAUUGGAUGUAAUUUUGAAUCUUUAGACCAUUUGAGGGAUGGACCAUGAACUUAUGUUAUGGAGCAUAUCUAAAACUCUGGAAGACUGGAACUCUCAAUAACAUUUUUUUUAGGACAUCCAUUUACAGUACACGUAUACUCUGCAUUCCCCCAGAAAUGCAAACCAAAAUUAUCUGCUUCACCUUCAAUAUCUUAUAAACCCUAGACUAACCCCUUUUUCUAUCUCAAAAACCCCCAAUUCAAACAACAUAAUUUUGCAGAUUCUGGUUUUCAGGAUUAUAUAUACAAGGAAAGACAAACAAUUAGAAGCUUAUCUUGCAAAUUUUGAGGCAAAAUGAUGUGGGAAGAGAAUCGGUUCGAUGAACACUACAACAAUGAUGAGCAACAACAAGAAUCUCCCUUCAAUUUUGACUUUCUCUCUCUUCUUUCUAAACCCAAGGACUAUUAUAGAAUAUUGGAAGUGGAUUAUGAUGCUACAGAGGAAGCAAUUCGGUCUAAUUACAUACGCUUAGCAUUGAAAUGGCACCCAGAUAAGCAAAAAGGGCAAGAUGGUAGUACAUCAAAGUUUCAAGAGAUAAAUGAGGCUUACCAAGUCUUGAGUGAUCCCAUGAAGCGGCAAGAAUAUGACAUGAAAGGGAUGAUGACCUAUGACUACAAUGUAAUGGACUAUCUGAAUCGCUAUAAAGGGCUUAUAUUAACGUGCAAUGGCCUUGGCAUGAAGCAUUCUAUAUGGUAGAUCUCCUAAACCCCUCAAAUUAAAGCAAACAUAAGAAAUCUUAGAGAACUAGAGAUCAAGGUAUGUGAUUCUGGUUCAGAUGUAGCUGAUGAAAUGCAAACCUUAUGCCAAGAGCCCAAGAUGGGCGAAGCCUCAAGAAUUAGAAGUCUGAUUUUUUGUCACAGCACCGGAAAAUACAUGUAUAGCUUAGCCAUUUUCCGUGUAACAUCUUGCGCUUGUCCUUUGUAUGGGCUGUUGUAUGAGGCACAUUUGCUUAUAAACUGGUGGAUUCCUACAAUUCCCAGUCUGCCGGAAAAUUGUUUGAUUGCGUUUUAUUUCAAUAGUUUUUGCUUGUCGCAACUGUAUGGACCAAAGAAAUAAAAGUUUUUGGAGAAUUUCUUAAAUUUUUAUUUCAAGCAACUCUUCAAACCACAUUGAAGUCAAA